AUGCGAUCUUGCAAUUUUGCCAAGAUUCCAGCCGAUAUGGUUGUCAACUCAGUCACCGAGGCUAAGGUAACCCAUCGAGUUCCAUCUUCCCAUACAGCUGUUUACCAUAUUAGCUCCUCUAGGAGGAAUCAACUAAAACUUGGUGAUGUCGUACAAUUUGUCGUUGAUUACUUCAAGAAAAAUCCAUGGAUUGACGAAAGAGGAAAGCCAGUCAAAGUGAAGAAAUUUCAUUUACUGGAUAGCAUGGCUAGCCUUCACAAAUACAUAGCAAUCCGCGACAUGCCAAUACUAAAGACCCCUCUGAUUUUCGAUGAUGCCAAUGCUGAAAUGUUGCGAAUGGCAACAAGAGAAAUUAAUGCAGAUGAUACAUUCAACUUUGAUCCAAGAACCAUUCAGUGGGAAAAUUACUUCAAGGAGAUUCAUAUUCCCGGAUUAGUGAAGUACAUUUUCCAGGAAGGAAGAAUAUGUGAAUAA